GGUGCCAUGUCCACACCCAGGAUCAGAACUGGCAAACCCUGGACUGCCGAGAAGCGAAACAUGUGAACUUAACCGCUGCACCACCGGACCAGCCCCUAGCUGGGUGGUCUUGAUGGAACUUGCUCAGGCAUCUGUGGUCAGCUGCUGGUCACCUACAUGGCUCUUUCUCAAAGUUGGUUGGGGGUUGGCUGGGCUUUGACAGAGGCCACCGGGCCAUGUGUCUCAUCCUCCAGCAGGCGAGCCUGGGCUUGUUCACAUGGUGUCAACAAGGGAACCAAAAGCAGCCAGAGAGGACAAGGCCCAUGCACAAGCUCUUGUCAAGCUUUGCUUGUGUCACAUUCGCUGAUGUCUCGUCAGCCAGCUCUGGUGGUCUAGUGGUCAAGAUUCGGCGCUCUCAUCACCCGGGCCGGCUUUGUUUCCUGGUCAGGGAACCACACCACCCCUCUGUCAGUUGUCAGACUGGCAGCAUCAUGUUGCUGUGAUGCUGGAAGCUACGCCAUUGGUAUUUCACAUACCAGCAGGGGCACCCAUGGGCCCAUGGUGGACAGGUUUCAGCGGAACUUCCAGACUAAGACAGACUAGGAAGAAGGACCUGGCCACUCACUUCCAAAAAAAUUGGCCAUGGAAACCCUGUGAAUAGCAGGGGAGCAUCAUCUGAUAGAGCACCAGAGGGUGAGCAGAUGGCACACAAAGGCCGGGCAGGGUUCUGCUCUGCUGUCCACAGGGUCACUAGGAUCAGAAUCAGCUCGACGACACCAACACAACAUGUCUCAUCAGCCAAAGCAAGUCACAGGGCCAAGUGCAGACUCAAGUGGGGAAGAAACAGACCCACCUAUUUACAGGAGGAGCUGAAAAGCUACCUGCACAGGCACACACACAGGGAGAGGAGGAAUCUGUGGCCAUUUUUCCCAUCUUCCGUGUCAGGACUCUCUCUGAUGAGGGCUAUUGAACAUGACUCUGGAUUUAUCGCAGGGGAUGGGGUGGAAUGUGCUUUGUCAGAAUUCUGACUGUGCCAUGGGAAGCCUGCCAGAAAAGUCUUAAGUAUGUGAUUUAGGAAGCUAUGGAGCAAAAUGAUUAAGUGUGCUGGUUCUGGAAACUGUCUGCCUGGGUUCAGGGCCUGGACCUGCCACUCACAAGCUGUGUGACAUUAGCCAGGUUACUCAGCCUCUCUGAAAAAUGGGAAUGAUAAUAACCGUACUAGUGAAAGUCUGUCUGUGUCUCUCUGCUCUCGUUCCUUCCUGGAACUUCUCCCUUGCCCUAGAAACUGCCCUUCACCAUCCCGGAGCUGGUUCACGCCUCCCCGUGCCGCAGUUCCGAUGGUGUCUUCUACACUGGCCGGAAGCAGGAUGCCUGGUUUGUGGUGGACCCUGCGUCCGGGGAGACACAGUUUACGCUGACCACAGAGGGUCCCUCCGCUCCCCGCCUCUACAUCGGCCGAACGCAGUACACGGUCACCAUGCAUGACCCCAGGACCCCGGCCCUGCGCUGGAACACCACCUAUCGCCGCUACUCCGCACCCCGAAUGGAUGGCUCGCCUGGGAAAUCCGUCUCUCUUGGCAGACGUGAGCCACCUGGCAUCCUGUGGGAUGGGCCUGCUGCUGACUGUGGAUCCAGGAAGCGGGGCGGUGCUGUGGACACAGGACUUGGGUGUGCCUGUGAUGGGCAUCUACACCUGGCACCAGGACAGCCUGCGCCAGCUACCCCAUCUCACACUGGCUCGGGACACCCUGCACUUCCUCGCCCUCCGCUGGGGCCACAUCCGGCUGCCUGCCUCUGGCCCCCAGGAUACAGCCACCCACUUCUCUACCUUGGACAUCCAGCUGCUGAUGACGCUGUAUGUAGGGAAGGAUGAAGCUGGCUUCUAUGUUUCCAAAGCACUGGUUCACACAGGGGUGGCCCUAGUGCCUCGUGGACUGACCCUGGCCCCCAUGGAUGGCCCCACCACAGAAGAGGUGACACUCCAAGUCUCAGGAGAGCGAGAGGGCUCACCUAGCACUGCUGUCAGAUACCCUUCAGGCAGUGUGGCCCUCCCUAGCCAGUGGCUGCUCAUUGGACACCAUGAGCCACCCCCAGUCCUGCACACCACCAUGCUAAGAAUCCAUCCCACCCCCGGGAGUGGAACUGCUGAGACUAGACCCUCAGAGAGCACGCAGGCCCCAGCCCUCUUCUUGGAGCUCCUGAGCCAGAGCCGAGAGGAACCUUGGGACCUGGAGCUGCAUCCUGAAGAGAAAACCCCAGGCCUGUAUCCAGGGCUGGGCCCCCAAGACCUGCUGGCAGCUAGCCUCACUGCUGUCCUCCUGGGAGGGUGGAUUCUCUUCCUGAUAAGGCAGCAGCAGCAGCUGGAGGAGAAGCAGCAGCAGGACCCCCCGGCACCUGCCAGCCCUUCUCACAUCUCACAGGAUGCUCAGUCUCAGCUCUUGGGCACCACCUCACAGGACCUGCUGAGCCUCCAAAGCCCCUCCGAGCAAGUCCAGCCACUUGAAGACCCUGAAGCUGAGCCGCUCACCGUGGUGGGGAAGAUUUCCUUCAACCCCAGGGACGUGCUGGGCCGCGGGGCAGGCGGGACGUUCGUCUUCCGGGGACAGUUCGAGGGGCGGGCAGUGGCUGUCAAGCGGCUCCUCCGUGAAUGCUUCAGCCUGGUCCGGCGGGAGGUCCAGCUGCUGCAAGAGUCGGACAGGCACCCCAAUGUGCUCCGUUACUUCUGUACCGAGCGGGGACCCCAGUUCCACUACAUUGCCCUGGAGCUCUGCCAGGCCUCGUUGCAGGAGUACGUGGAAAACCCAGAGCUGGACCGCUGGGGCCUGGAGCCUGAGAUGGUGCUGCAGCAGCUGAUGUCCGGCCUGGCCCACCUGCAUUCCUUACACAUAGUGCACCGGGACCUGAAGCCGGGCAAUGUUCUCAUCGCGGGGCCCGACAGCCUGGGCCGAGGCAGGGUGGUCCUCUCAGACUUCGGCCUCUGCAAGAAGCUGCUGGCCGGCCGCCACAGCUUCAGCCUCCGCUCUGGCAUCCCGGGCACGGAAGGCUGGAUGGCCCCCGAGCUCCUACAGCUCCUGCCCCCAGACAGCCCUACCAGCGCAGUGGACAUCUUCUCCGCAGGCUGCAUUUUCUACUACGUGCUUUCCGGUGGCAGCCACCCCUUUGGAGAGAGUCUUUAUCGCCAGGCAAACAUCCUUGCAGGGGCUCCCUGUCUGGCUCACCUGGAGGAAGAGGCCCAUGACAAGGUCGUUGGGCGGAACCUGGUUGAGGCCAUGUUGAGCCCGCUGCCACAGGCACGGCCCUCUGCGUACCAGGUGCUGGCCCACCCCUUCUUCUGGAGCCGAGCCAAGCAGCUCCAGUUCUUCCAGGACAUAAGCGACUGGCUGGAGAAGGAGUCUGAGCAGGGGCCCCUGGUGAUGGCACUGGAGGCGGGAGGCUCCAAGGUGGUCCGGGGCAACUGGCACAAGCACAUCUCGCUGCCGCUGCAGACAGAUCUGAGAAGAUUCCGGACGUACAAAGGGACAUCCGUGCGAGACCUGCUCCGCGCUAUGAGGAACAAGAAACACCACUACAGGGAGCUCCCGGUUGAGGUACGGCAGGCACUCGGCCGCAUCCCCGACAGCUUCGUCCAGUACUUCACAAACCGCUUCCCGCGGCUGCUCCUCCACACGCACCAUGCCAUGAGGAGCUGCGCCUCCGAAAGCCUCUUUCUGCCCUACUAUCCGCCGGCCUUGGGCGCCAGGGAGCCACGCCCAGAGCCUGCCGGGAGCUGA